UUCGAGCGGCAGAGAGAUUAGGAAAUGGAAGAGGCUAAAGGAGUGGUGAAGCACAUGUUACUCGCUAGGUUCAAAGACGAGGUACAAUCAGAAGAAAUUGAUCAGCUCAUCAAAGGCUAUGCUAAUCUCGUCAAUCUCGUCGAACCCAUGAAGUCUUUUGAAUGGGGCAGGGUUGUGAGUAUUGAGAAUCUGCAUCAAGGUUUCACUCAUAUCUUUGAAUCUACCUUUGAGAGCGCAGAGGGUGUUGCAGAGUAUAUAGCUCAUCCUGUGCAUGUUGAAUUUGAAAACUUGUUCCUGUCCCAUUUGGAUAAAGUUCUAUUGAUAGACUACAAACCUACUACUUUGCGUUCAUGA